CUCGCCCAGAGCUUGGAACAGAGAGCUGAAGGGGGCCAUGUGACGUCCCUCCUGGACCCCUGGACACGCACAGGACCAGAGACCUCAGCCUUGGAGCAUGGCAAGUCCCAAGCACGCCAGGAGCCCUGGAUGGACAAGACCCAUAUCCCAGUGCAUGGCAGGGACCAAGCCGAAAGCAUCAGCCCCUGGCCCAGACCUCCCACGUCCAGGACCUGAAGAGCACUUAGACGCCCACGGCAGCCAGAGCUCCAACUCCAGCAUGACCACGCGGGAGCUGCAGGAGUACUGGCGGACCCAGAAACGCUGCUGGAAGCACGUCAAACUGCUCUUCGAGAUCGCUUCCGCCCGCAUCGAGGAGGGGAGAGUCUCCAAGUUUGUGAUGUACCAAAUCGUCGUCAUCCAGACGGGGAGUUUUGACAGCAACAAAGCCAUCCUGGAACGGCGUUAUUCAGACUUCGAGAUGCUCCAGAAGAAACUCCUAAAGACCUUCCGGGAAGAGAUCGAAGAUGUCGUCUUCCCCAAAAAGCACCUGAUGGGGAACUUCACCCCGGAGAUGAUCUCCGAGCGCAAGCUGGCCCUCAAAGAGUACCUAAGCCUGCUCUACGCCAUCCGCUGCGUGCGCCGCUCGCGCGAGUUCAUCGAUUUCCUCACGCGGGCCGAGCUGAAGGAGGCCUUCGGCUGCCUGCGCGCGGGGCAGUACACCAAGGCCCUGGACAUCCUGGUGCGCACCGUGCCGCUACAGGAGAAGCUGGCGUCCCACUGCCCCGCGAUGUUGGUACCAUCCCUGUGCGCCAUGCUGGUGUGCCACCGCGACCUGGAGCGCCCCGCCGAGGCCUUCGCCGCCGGGGAGAGGGCUCUGCAGUGCCUGCAGGCCCGGGAGGGCCACCGUUACUACGCCCCGCUGCUGGACGCCAUGGCCCGCCUGGCCUACGCGCUGGGCAAGGACUUUGUGUCCCUGCAGAAGAGACUGGAGGAGAACCAGCUCCGGAAGCCCGCCUCCCGGGGCUUCACCCUGAAGGAACUCACCGUCCAAGAGUAUCUGUACUGAGCCGCUCCCGCAGGAAGCUGGAGAAUUGGGGAUCA